AUGGAAAAUGAAAGUAAUGAUAAAAACCAAAACACAAAAGCAACAACAUCAAUAUUUAAAAAAAAGAAAAAUGGAAUAAAAGAGGUUACGAGAAAAUGCCUUAACUUGAUCGAUAUAAAGUAUAAUAAUUUAACAACACUAAUAUGUCGCAACAAUAAUAAUAAUAAUAUAAGCAAUACUUCAAAUAAUAAUUGUAAUAAUAAUAGUUGUGGUAGUAGUUCUAGCUAUAAUAAUAAAACCAACGAUGUGUUAACAAAUUAUCAAUUUAGUGAUGAUGAAAUAAAAUUUUCUUCUGAUGAAAAUUCUAAUAAUGAUAAUUAUUUUCUAGAAAGUUCAUACACAACUAAUGAUUUUAAAAAUUUAUUAGGAUGGGUACCAAGAAAUUUAAAAAUAUCUGAAUGUACUAAUACUGAUUCAAUUCCUUGUGCUUUUUUUUUCUCAAAUGAUAAUCAAACUAGAAAAAGUGACCAAAUUAUUUUAUAUUUACAUAAAUUUAAUGAAGAUCUUGGUACUAUUAUACCAACUAUAAAUGCCUUACAUAAAAAAUUAAAUAUUAAUAUAAUUGCUAUGGAAUAUUCAGGAUACGGUGUAAGUUUUGAUAAAUAUGAACAAAAAUUAGUAUCCAUAGUUAAUGAUGCCUUUACUAUAUUAAAAUUUAUUAUAAAUUAUUUAAAAAUACCAUAUAAUAAUAUAUGUAUUUUAUGUUAUGAAUUCUUGGCUAGCUGCGCUAUCGAAGUUGUUAAUCGUUUUGAAAAUACAUACGGAAAAAAUAAACCAUUUGGCGGUCUUAUACUUAUCAAACCAAAAUUUUUAAAUAUCAUUAGUAAUAUAUCAGUUAUAAAUAAUGAAAAUUAUGAUGAUAUAACUUUAACAGAUACUGCUCUUGAUGAUAUUAUAACCAACAAAAAUUUUAUGCAUGAAUGCUCACGCAAUCAAAAUUUAGAUGAAGAUGUACCCAUGGAAUAUAAACAAACAGAAGGGGAUGAUUUAACAUAUAAAAAACAUGUACCUAAGAAGAAAAAAAUGAAAAAGAAAAAUAUUAAGGGAAAGGAAAAAAAACAAAACCAUCCAAAGGACGAACAAAAUAAUAUUAACAUUAAUAUUAAUAUUAAUAGUGAUAACAAUAAUAAUAAUAAGAGUAAUCGUAAUAAUAAUAAUAGUAAUAAUAAUAAUAGUAAUAAUUGUAUUAAUAAUUGUAUUAAUAAUUGUAAUAAUAGGGUGAACAAAAUAAGGAAUAGAUUCUUCAGAAGGAAAAAUAAUAAAAAUGAAUUAUGUGAUAAUAAAAAUACAAAGGAUUAUACAGAAAACACAUGUGAUUAUUAUAAAGAAUAUAAUGGUAUUAUUACAUGUGAUAUGUCCUUAUUUUAUAAUAAUAAUCAUAAAUAUAUUUUAACACAAGAUAAUGAUAUCCCAUAUCAAAUAAUGAAAAGAAUAUUGAAAGAUACUUUUGAUAUUAAUCAUGUUAAAAAUACAAUUAAAUCUAUAUCCUGUCCAAUUUUAAUAUUUCACUCAGAACAUUAUUCAUAUAAAAAUUCUUCUUCUAAUAUUAUUUUAAAUAAUGCUACUGAAUCUUAUAAAAAAGCUGCAUUUUCUUUUGAUUUUAUGAAUGAGGAUUUUAUUACAUCCUUCAACUGGUUUUUCUCACAAGAAGCAAAUUUCCAAAAUAAAGAUAAGUCUUUUAAAAACUUGUUAUCUUUUUAUAUACACCCUAUGUAUAAUAAUAUAAAUUAUAAUGAUUAUAAGAUAAAGAAUGAAACCGAUCAAGAAAAUAAUAAUAAUAAUAAUAAUAAUAAUAAUAAUAAUAAUAAUAAAAAUCAUUAUCAUAAUUAUAAUGAUAUUAUAUCUAAACAUUUACAAAACAAUUUUAAUGAUAAAUAUAUAAAUAAUAAUAAUCAUUUAAAUAACACUCAAGAAGCAAACAACAUUUCAUAUAACAACAAAAAAGAUAUUACGAAUGACAUACAAGAUGAUAUGAAACAUUAUAUUAAUAUACCCAAUGAAAUUUUUAUAUGUCCUGAAAUUAAUCAAAAAUAA